AUGGUCGCCGCAUCACCGGACUCCGGCGACCUUAUUGAGGUGGAGCCGGCGAGGCCGGGAUCUCCGGUUACCGUGGUGACCAUCAACCGGCCGGCGGCGCUCAACGCGCUGACGAAGCCCAUGAUGAUCUCCCUGGCGGCUGCGUUCCGGCGGCUGGGCGCCGACGACGCCGUGGCAGCGGUGGUGCUUGCGGGCCGCGGUCGCGCGUUCUGCUCCGGGGUGGACCUGACGGCGGCGGAGGAGGUGUUCAAGGGCGACGUGAAGGACGUCGCCACUGACCCCGUCGCGCAGAUGGAGCUCUGCCGGAAGCCCAUCGUCGGCGCCAUCGCCGGGUUCGCCGUCACCGCCGGGUUCGAGAUCGCCCUAGCUUGCGACAUCCUCGUCGCCGGACGCUCCGCCAAGUUCCUGGACACCCACGCCAAGUUUGGGAUAUUUCCUUCUUGGGGUCUUUCACAGAAGCUUUCUCGCAUCAUUGGGCCGAACAGAGCAAGGGAAGUGUCACUAACUUGCAUGCCUGUUACUGCUGAAAUGGCAGAGAGGUGGGGGCUUGUUAACCACGUCGUGGAUGACAAUGAGGUGCUGAGUAAGGCAAUAGAGGUUGCCGAGGCUAUUGCGAGGAACAACCGCAAAUUAGUUGUAUUAUACAAAUCGGUUAUAAAUGAUGGGUUUAAGCUGGAUUUGGAACAUGCUCAAGCACUUGAGAAGGAAAGAGGUCACAACUAUUACAAUGGAAUGACAAAGGAGCAAUUCGCGAAUAUGCAGAAAUUCAUCCAGGGCAGGAGUUCUAAAACACCAUCAAAGCUGUAG